UUUCAUAUGCUUGCCAAUAAUGUCAUUGAUGUGUCUGGUGACUAUCAUAUCAAAAUAGUGUAAAAUACUGUGGUUUAAUAUAAUUCGUGUUAUAGUUACAAUGCUGCUGUUUCACUGUCAAUGUGAAUUCCAUGAUAGAUAGACCUACUGCAUACCGUUAACAUACUGAAAGUAAAAACAAAUUCAACCAUGGCAGGCGUUGAUAUGGAAGAACUAAUGGAUGAAUAUGCCAGUGAAAGGAUCACACAGGAAAUGGGUGAUAGAUUAGCAAAAAUCUCCGCUCGUAGGAUUCAAGAAGAAAUUGCUAAGUAUGUGAUAUGGAAAUUGUUUCCAGUAGAGAUACACAGGGUCGGAAGUUCGCAAGAAGGCUUUCCUGCAUCAGCUUGCAGUGAUGAGGACUCCAUGAUCUGUAACACAAUGUUUCCAAUAGUACUGUGGACAUCCUUCCCUAAAAAAGUAGGGGGGAAUUUUGUAAUGGCCGAGAAAGAUGCAAAUAAUCCAGUGUAUUUGAGCCUUAAAGUAGUUGACAAAAUGUGUCUGGAUGAGGAUUUCAGAAAUAUCAUUGAUAACAAUGGAUAUUUGAAAACCAGUGAUUUCUUAAAAGCUAACUUCAUCAAGGGUAUUUUUCCAAAUUUAGACACUGAAAUGAGACAAGGUCCCUCAACAGUAAAACAGUUAAAUGCAGAAUUUAUAGACAUCAGAUCAGAACCUAUAGACACAGUAUAUUGCUUGAAAUGUCAAUCAUGGCCGCCAUUCACUAGUAACUUUUUUGCUAGAGAGAAGCUAAACAACUGGCCAUCACAGAAGUUGUUAGACAAGGUCAAAAGUCUUGAAUGUCAUGUAGUUCCUGUUGGAUGCCCAGGUAGUGAGUCUGAUAUUAAAUGGAGAUUGUCAUUCUCGAUAGCAGAGAGAGAGCUCAUUACUGAAAUGUAUGAACCAUAUGCUAAUUGCAUGUUUUCCCUGAAAUCAAUCAAGAAAAACUAUAUAAUAUUCAGUGAUUCUGAAAAACCGACACCAUUCUGCUCAUAUUUCAUAAAGACUGCUUGUUUGUGGAUGUGUGAAACAUUUCCACAUAGAGAAUACAGUCUUAUGGAUUUAAUCAGACAAAUUUUAGAUUGGCUCAUUGAUUGCUAUCAACACAAACGUCUGCCUCAUUAUUUUAUUCCUCAACAAAAUAUGAUUGGUCAUCUCUCAAGAGAACGUUGUGACAUUGUUAGACAAAAGUUGACAGCAGUUAAGACAGAUCUUUGGAGAAAAGUGCUAUUAAGUAUCGAUAGUGAUACAAAUUAUAAAUAUUACUCUAAGUUUAACUUUCUUGGUGAUAGAGACAGUAGAGUGCAGGAGAUGGGGCAACGGUACAGAACUUUUGCAGAGCUAGUAACCAUCGGGAGACUUAUGAAUCAUCCAAUUACUACGGAGUUGAUUACUUAUCAACUGCGUGCUUUACGCUCCAGAUACAAUUUAAAUCAUAAUUUAAUAAUGGAACAAUGGGCUGGGCACGACUUCUAUUUGUAUAUUGAAACUCUCACAAGCCACAGCCAGGAGAAUAUUUUACUGGCUCUUAGAAUUCCAGAGAACAGUAUAUUACCAAUUAUAGAGCAAAUUGAAGAGUUAGUGCCAAUGGGAUAUGCAGAAAUGUUCAAGACACGUUUGUAUAGAUUCUUGGGUGAUGUUUAUACUCAUUUAUUGGUGCCAUUCCGAAACAAAGGCUAUGAUGAUCUUCUAGAUUAUAGGCAUGCUCCUUUGUAUUACUAUGACUUAGGAGCUAAAAUGGUAUUCCCCGACAACCACAGUGACCAUGGAAUAGGUAGUCUUGUUCUUGAAGUACAAUAUCACUAUUUAAUGGGCAACUACACAGAACUAAAGAUGAUGUGUGAACCUAUACUUGCAAUGGCCAAAAACCGUAGAAAUACUAGGCUAGCCAGCAUUGAAUUAUGCUUAGAGAAACCUUUGUGAGUCAACGCCUGGGCGACUGAUGAGCUUUUGUUUCAUCUUGUUAAACGAACCAAAAUAUUGAAUGUUUAUCUGCAUCCAAUUGCACUUGUUCUUUAUAUAAAAGCCAGAGUAUUACUUACUGAAGGGGACACAGAGAAUGCAUUGCAAGUUGUGACAAAGAUGAAAGAAUUCAGAGAUGAGCUAUAUAAUAUUAUGUAUCAUAAAACCAUCAAUAUGUUUAUCACAAUCAUUGAAAGUCUAGUAGGCCUUCUUGUUGUCAUGAGAAGAAUUAUUGUCCAAAAUGAUGAUAGCCUGUAGUGGGGAAAAACUUUUUUUUUAUCUUUUGUGGGGGUCAUCCCACCUUUAUCCAUCACAAAGACAAAACAUUUUUUAUAAGCAACAUUGUGGUUACACAAUCAUCAUACUGCAGAAAUUGUUGGCAUACGUUUUUAAAAUGAUUUGUUCAGUUAAAAUUAUCCAAAAUAUCUUCAAAUAUGUCUUUCUAUCAUAAAAAGUUGGAAAACUGAGGUGUGACACCAUUUGUUGAGAUGUUUUAGGACGUUUGCUUUGUAAAUGCAAAACGUUCCUAAUGAAAACAGAUGGUCUAUAUAAACGUUUAAUGUACCAAGCACAAUAUUUUUAAAAUUUGCUUCAAUACCAUAAUUAAUAAGGCUAAAAUGAUUAAUAGAAUUCACAGGUCAUGUGAUUCUGUACAAUAAAAAAAAAGUGUGCGUCAUCUUCAACAACAUUGCACUUUGGACAUGUAUUAUCCUCGAUAAUUUUCCAUGUAUGUAACCUUUUCCUAGUAGGAACAAUACAGUGUAAUAUUUUA